UCUUCUAUAAAAAGGCUAGAGGCCAUUGUUUUUCAUCACAGCCUUCUCUUGUUUAACUGCAAAUACUAUUAAGCUUCUUGAAAUCAACAGGGAAAAGAUAUGUCUCUAGGUGGUCAGUUGGAAACUGAUGUAGAGAUCAAGGCUCCUGCCAAGAAGUUUCAUGAUGUCUUCAGCUGCAGACCUCACCACAUUUCCAAUGUCUGCCCUGAAAAGAUACAGGGUGUCGAUUUACAUGAAGGUGAUUGGGGAAAUUCUGGAUCUGUAAUCUGCUGGAAUUAUAUGCAUGAUGGGGUUCCUGAAGUUGCAAAGGAGAUAAUUGAAGCCAUAGAUGACGAGAAAAACUCAACCAAUUUCAAAGUGAAUGAAGGACAUCUGCUGGAGAAGUACAAGAAUUUCCAUCUCAUUGUUCAAGCCACUCAAAAGGAAGAGGGCAGCUUGGUGCAUUGGAUUUUGAAGUAUGAGAAGGUGAGUGAGGAUAUUCAAGAACCAAAAGGGAUGCUUAAAUUGGCAAUCGAUGUUACCAAAGAUAUUGAUGCUCACCUUAUGGAGCAGGCUAAUUAGAUCUGCAGAGAUUGCUUAAUAAUGAAUAAUAAAUAAAAUAAUAUGUAUGUGGGUGUGUGUGUGAUUUGUUUAAACAUGUUGGCGUAAUUACGUGCCCUAUAAAUAUGAAGUACUGGCCUAUUGGAAUUAUAUCAAGUGCUUGUAUAAUAAAUGAUUUGAAGUAUUUUAUUGUGACAGCUUUCUUAAGUCUUGAAUAUGAAUAAUAUUUAUGUACUUGUCGAGUGUUUUCUA